AUGGCAACGGGUCGACAUUUUAUAGCCGUAUGUCAAAUGACAAGCGGUAAUGACUUGGAAAAAAACUUUGAAACUGCAAAAAACAUGAUUGAAAGAGCUGGCGAAAAAAAGUGUGAGAUGGUAUUUUUUCCGGAGUGUUUCGAUUUUAUCGGAAUCAACAAAACUGAACAAGUCGAUUUAGCAAUGACAGCUAAUUGUGAAUAUAUUCAAAGAUACAGAGAUUUAGCAAAACAAAAUAACGUUUGGCUGUCUUUAGGCGGACUUCAUCAUAAGGAUUCAUCCGAUAACGCACAUCCAUGGAAUACACAUCUAAUCAUUGAUUCUCAAGGGGAAACUCGAGUUGAAUACAAAAAGUUGCACCUUUUCGAUUUGGAAAUUCCAGGAAAGGUUCGAUUAAUGGAAAGCGAAUUUAGCAAAGCAGGGAAUGAAAUGGUUCCUCCAGUUGAUACUGUAAUUGGUCGUCUUGGGUUAUCUAUUUGUUACGAUGUACGGUUCCCUGAACUUUCACUUUGGAACCGGAAACGUGGUGCACAGUUACUUUCAUUUCCCAGUGCCUUCACUUUGAAUACAGGGUUGGCCCAUUGGGAAACUCUCCUACGAGCUCGUGCAAUUGAGAAUCAAUGUUACGUGAUUGCUGCUGCACAAACUGGAGCACACAACCCGAAAAGGCAAUCAUAUGGUCAUGCAAUGGUUAUCGAUCCAUGGGGAGCUGUGGUAGCUCAAUGCUCAGAAAGAGUUGAUAUGUGUUUCGCCGAAAUAGAUUUGAACUACGUGGAAAAUAUUCGAGAAAUGCAACCCGUAUUUUCUCAUCGUCGUUCGGAUUUGUAUACUCUUCAUGUCAACGAGCGAAGUGCUGAAAAUGGCAAUUUGAAAUUCUCAGAGUUCACCAUUCCAAACAGUCACGUGUUCUACAGUACUCCACACUCGUUUGCUUUUGUCAACCUGAAACCUGUAACAGAUGGCCACGUUCUUGUUAGUCCCAAACGUGUCGUGCAGCAUCUCACUGAUUUGACUGACUCUGAAACAGCUGACAUCUUCAUAGUUGCCAAAAAAGUUCAAGCUAUGCUCGAAAAGGCAUCCACAAUCUGCAUUCAAGAUGGAGAAGAAGCUGGACAAACAGUUCCUCAUGUUCAUAUCCAUAUUAUCGCACGUCGUUCUGGCGAUUUCGGUGACAAUGAGAUUUAUCGAAAGCUUGCUUCGCACGAUAAAGAACCGGAAAGAAAACCUCGAACAACCGAACAAAUGUCAUCUGAAGCUGAAGUUUACAGAAAACUUAUGUGA